AUGGCGGCGCCCAGCGGAGCCGCGAGCUGCGAGGACUUCGCCGAGUUCCAGGAGCUGCUCAGGGUGAUGAGGACAAUCGAUGAUAGAAUUGUUCAUGAGCUAAACACUACGAUUCCAACAGCUUCCUUUGUGGGGAAAGUUGAUCCUGGCCAGACGUGUAAAGAGCUGUACGAGUCUUUGAUGGAUGCUCACACCAAUAGAGAAAGAAUCAUCAAAAACUGCAUCUCUCAGACUUCCACUGUAGUGAAAACUCUCAAAGAAGAGAGGGAAAAGGCCCCUGAAGAUUCAGGAUUAUUAAAGCAACUCAGGAAAGAGCAGACAAAGUUGAAAUUGAUGCAGUCGGAGCUCAAUGUUGAAGAAGUGGUAAACGACAGAAGCUGGAAGGUAUUUAAUGAGCGGUGCCGAAUUCACUACAAGCCUCCGAAGAGUCAAUGAUGAUGUGGAGUAUUUUCCAUCAAGGUGGUCCAUAAGUGUGAGAGCCAAACUGGA